CAACUAUUGCAAUUGCGGCCACGAAGAGCUUUCAAUUCUUCUGCGCAACAUAUAAGCUUCUCAUAUAAAAAGCAUACAAAAUUAAGUGGAAGUCCUAAUAUUGCACUAGCGCCGGUUAAUAUUGAAAUUGGCUUUAAAGAUUCAACAGAGUUGCCAAAGCAAACAAA